AUGGUCUGCGGGGGCGGAGGGAGGAUCGGCGCCGCUGCCGCAGCCGCUGUGUUGUUCUUGGGGCUCCGAUCGGGUAAGUGGAGCCGCAGCAGAAGGAAGCGUCGCCUCCCCUUAACAUUGCAGGGUUUGGAGCGCCGUUAUCUUGUUAAAAGUUAUUAUUGAAAAAGCGCCUUUUUCGGUGAGGAUCCUCUUGCAGCUUCUCUUGGACGUGUCCUUUAUUGGAGGGGGAAUCUUGCGCUCCGCGGACACCCCUAGCUCGCCAAGCCGCUCAUUUUCCUUCUGGUCGCCCGCAGAGCACGAAUUGCAAACCGCAUGAAAUCUCUUGCAUGACACUCGGCUUUUAAAUGAUGAGUUAAAAAAUAAGUUAAUCUUCACUGUAAGGCAGGAGACCCUCAAACCUCUUCAGACCCCCCGCCCCCUAAACCCAGUCUGGAAUAUAGACACACUUUCUCAGGACAUAUUUACAGUGCGCGCAUACUGGUAUCUAUUUAUAGCUAUUCCUUUUCGCUGGGAAUUGUCUUGUGGGUGCGGAGGCUGCAGAUCUCUAACUGAGAAUCUGGGCGACCUGAAUGAAGUAGAACCCCCCUUGGGGAGUAUCUAUAACACUUCGACGAAUAUAGAACGUGUAUAGCAUACAGCAGGCAUCCCCAAACUCGGACCUCCAGAUGUUUUGGGACUACAAUUCCUAUCAUCCCUGACCACUGGGCCGAGUUUGGGGGUGCCUGGCAUACAGUGUAGACACACACGCAUUCUCUCUCCUUUCUUCCACCUUCUCUUUCAUUUUAUUAUACGUAGCAAAAGUGGUGUCGCUGGUGCAAUGACGUUUGAGUGAGACUGACCCACAAGUUGCUAAAUGUGUUGGCGGUGGGGGGGCAGUCAGCAGCUGAAGGCCCCUGAAGCCAUAUUCCCCUCCAAACUCGCAAGGGCUUAAGUUACCAGCCUCAAUAGACACAGGGUGGAGGCGAGUUGUUGAACAGGAAUUAGCUCAGCCUUAUUUCUCAACUGGGUGGCGCUGUGGGUUAAACCACAGAGCCUAGGACUUGCUGAUCAGAAGGUCGGCCGUUCGAAUCCCUGCAACGGGGUGAGCUCCCAUUCUCAGUCCCUGCUCCUGCCAACCUAGCAGUUUGAAAGCACGUGAAAGUGCAAGUAGAUAAAUAGGUACCGCUCCAGCGGGAAGGUAAACGGCAUUUCCGUGCACUGCUCUGGUUCGCCAGAAGCGGCUUUGUCAUGCUGGCCACAUGACCCGGAAGCUGUACUCUGGCUCCCUCGGCCAAUAAAGCGAGAUGAGUGCCACAACCCCAGAGUCAGCCACGACUGGACCUAAUGGUCAGGGGUCCCUUUACCUUUACCUUUAUUUCUCAACCAGGUGUUCUCCAGUUGUUUUGGACUACAACUCCCAUCAGCCCCAUACAGCAAGCAGAUAGGAUACCAUGGCUGAUGGGAACACAGCCAUGCUUGGCUGGGGCUGAUGGGAGUUGUAGUGUAAAACUGCUGAAGGGCAGCAGAUUUGGGUAAAACUGCAACAAGGCAUCGCCAAGCCUGAGUGAAAAUGACCUGCAACGAAAUUGGAUGGGCUUUCCUGUCUUGCCACCCAAAAAGUCUGAAAUCGUGUUUUGACAUUAAACAAAACUUAGUCUGGUGUUUCUUGAUUGUAUGGGCAUGCGUGACAUCUCAUCAAGCUGUCAUCUGUGAAGUAUUAAAUGCCAUUUCACAUUAUCUCUCAAAUGCUAUGAUCACAUGCCAGCUAUCAAAUAUUCCUGGCCUCUACAUACUAUUGCAUGUUUGCAAUUGGACAGUGUCUAUUGCAUGUUAGCCUCUAAAUGUUGUCAAGUACCAUAGGUACUUAAUAUGUGGAUAAUAUUCAAGAGCAAAUUUCAUAAAAGAGUAUUUUGAAAAGGAAACUAAUUUCACUUCUACUUCUGGAAGAUAUUAAAUAUGGGGGAGAAGAGCAAAGUAGGUUUAAGGAGACAAGUGGAUGCUUACAAAGUGCUUCGUAGAAUAGUGGAGCUAUUUCUCAGGGUGGGGGCACAUGCCUGUAUCCUGAAGGAAGGAAUCGUUUAUCAUCUUACAGUGUGGUAAACAAAAUCUGCUGCCCAUUGUAAGAUGGAAAGGUAGCUCUAAUAUUUUUCCUUUUUAUUGAAUUUGGGAAUGUGGAACGCACCGUGUGCUCUGUUCUUCUUUGGCAAUCACUCGUAGCUGACAAAGAUUGUCUUCCAUAAAUAUGGUCUUAACAGUGUGUCCAUAAGUGACUGUGGAGGCCAAUUCUGGAUCCACAUGUCCUUUCCACUGUGGGGACUUAGGUUUCCCGAUGGGAGUUGAUCACAGUGAGGAUUUUCCAAACGUGCCUUCCUCUUAGCUCCUUUCUUCCUUUCAUCCUGAGUUUGUGCUGCUUCAAAGUCUUUGAUGUCUUUGGUAGAGGCUAUUCUUCAAUUGGAGUGCUUGCAGGCCAGUGUUUGCAGGUGUGCUCUGUUACUGUAACACAGACCACAUAAUACAUGAUACAACAAGUUCAUGUGAACUUCCAGUAGCAAAAUUGCGCCAGAGAAGAGACAGACUUGGUUAAAAUGAGGCAAAGUCUCUGUGUUCAAAAAGUCUUUUAAAAAUAUAUUUAUUUAUUUAUUAUUUAUUAAAUAUUUUUUAAAAAAAUCCACUUGAUUGUAAAAAGAACCCUUCAAAGUAAUUUACAAAAAAAAAACAAGAAGAUUAUCAACAUGUAAAAUUAACAACAACCAUUUGAAACUUCCAGAAAGUUAAAAUAACAAUAGACUAAAUACAAAUUAAAAACUUGCAUCAACUUUCUAAGCGUCUGGGUAAGCAUGUCUAAACAAUAAUGUUUUUGGCAGGGGCCAAAAAAAAAAAAACAGUGAAGGUGCCAGCCUGAUAUCUUUAGGCAGGGAGGUCCAAAGUGUAGGUGCUGCCACACUAAAAAAUCAAGUUCCCAUGAAUAUUGAGUUCAAAUGAUGUUCAUGUUAGUUUCAGCUUAACAUCAUCAAGCUGUUUGUGGUAGUUUUCCCUUUGAGACUGAAAAUUACCACAGUCCUGUAGUCCGGGAUUAGGAAACUAGAAGGGAAGGAUCUGGGUUUUUUCCACCAGUUUGAGUACAAGUCGGUGGGGUUUUUUGAGGUGGUAAUGGCGAUAGCUGACAGGGUCAGUCCAACUUGAAAUGUGGAUUGAACUCCCCCAGCCAGUUUGUGGAGUUGUACACAGAAACAGCCAAAGCUAUGAGCUAUCUGACUGACAUCAGACUUAAUGGAUGCAUUUGAUACCCCAGAAGCUAUCAAUAUCCUAACUACUGGCAGGGUAUUACAAUUAAAACAUCUAAGAUAAGUUACAGUUAAAAAACAUCUAAAGCAGUUAAAAACAUUCUUCCACCCAGUGAUCUCAAGGUUGCCAGAAACUGCAUUCUCCAGCUGCCAAAUUCCUGGGUAAAUGGGAAUGUUUUCAAAUCCCUCCUGAAAGUUAGUAAUGAUGGAGAUGGGCACACCUUACUAGGAAGGGCAUUCCACAACCAGGGAACCACCGCUGAAAAGGCUCUAGUGGCGAUGACACCACCAAAUUAUUAUAAUUAAUAAAGUAGUAGUAGUAUAGUAGUAUACUAUAGUAGUAUAGUAGUAUAGUGAAGGGACGCGGGUGGCGCUGUGGGUUAAACCACAGAGCCUAGGACUUGCCGAUCAGAAGGUCGGCGGUUUGAAUCCCCGCGAUGGGGUGAGCUCCCAUUGUUCGGUCCCUGCUCCUGCCAACCUAGCAGUUCGAAAGCACGUCAAAGUGCAAGUAGAUAAAUAGGUACCGCUCCGGCGGGAAGGUAAACGGCGUUUCUGUGCACUGGCCACAUGACCCGGAAGCUGUACUCUGGCUCCCUCGGCCAAUAAAGCAAGAUGAGCGCCGCAACCCCCGAGUCGGUCACGACUGGACCUAAUGGUCAGGGGUCCCUUUACCUUUACCUUUAGUAGUAUAGUAUCAGUAUUAGAUUAGUACCCCACCCAUCUGACUGGGUUGCCCCCAUUCUUUGGAUGAGGCUGCUUCCCCUUUAACCCCAGUGUAUUCCCAGUCAGUGCAUUCCCGGUGCUAAAAGAUUGUGCAAGGUGAAUAGGAAAACUCUGAAUUGCUAUUAAGCUCCCUUCAACUUGCCACUGUAAAAAAAGGAACCUCGGCUUUAAAAAUCCUAGCUCAUUUCGCACUCCUGGUUAUCCACCUUCCCAAUGCUUUGUUUUUUAAUAAUCACUUUCAUUUCUUUUUCCAUGGCGUCUUUCACUUUCACAUUUGCUGGCCAGGCCCCAUGAGUUUCUGCUCUUGUUUGCCAACCGUGUGAUUGACCAUCUCCCUGAGACUUUCAUAAAGGCUUAACCACCCCACUCAGCUUCUCUAGAACAGAUAACUAGGAGUGUGGGAGAUACCCCAGGGAAAUAGGGCCCCCCAAACCCUACUCCUUGGUACAUCUUUGCAGUAAGCCAGACUUGCUGACAACACAAACAGUGAAGAAGAAGAAGAAAAAGAAGAAGAAGAAGAAGAAGAAGAAGAGUAGUUUGGAUUUGAUAUCCCGCUUUAUCACUACCCUAAGGAGUCUCAAAGCGGCUAACAAUCUCCUUUCCCUUCCUCCCCCACAACAAACACUCUGUGAGGUGAGUGGGGCUGAGAGACUUCAGAGAAGUGUGACUAGCCCAAGGUCACCCAGCAGCUGCAUGUGGAGGAGCGGGGAAUCGAACCCGGAUCACCAGAUUACGAGUCCACUGCUCUUAACCACUACACCACGCUGGCUCUCAUCAUCGCUGACAGCAGUGCUGGAUGGGUGGAGCUCAGUCUAGCUGAGCCAUCUGCACAGCUGGAUUGUGGAGAUUGUAGGUGUUGAAACAGCCUUCCUAGUGUCUAGACUCUAGACAGAGCUUGGCUAGCUCUGUGAUGGCUUGAAGACUCAGAGUCCUGCAGGUCACAGGAAGAAAGGAAGGAUACUUCAUCAUUGCACUGCACUGCUUAUGUGCUUUAAGGCAAGUUUGUAAAUAAUCCUUGUUUUAUGGGAGCCUGUGGUAGAAUUGUCUCCAAAUAAUAUAACUGUGUUAUAGGAGCUGUAAUUUUAAGGACCUGCACUCAAGCUUGCGCUUUCCACCUUCCUCCUCUUCUUUUCUUCCUCGUGUGUCAUAUCUUUUCAUAUUCUCAAUCUGAUAUCAGGGGCUGUUGUAGUACUGAUUUUUCUCUGCUGAUUUGGGAGCCCCUUUUUUGGCUCAAAAGGGCAGGGUGUAAAAAUGCCGUACAUAAUUAAAAUAAAUAAACUUCGAGGCAGGGAAAAACCUGCAAUCUGGGUCACUGAUGACUGAGUACUGUAGAGAUUUGUGUGGACCAGUAACUCUUGCUAACUUAAAUGCUGCUUUGAGGACCCUUGAAAAGUGAGGUUCGAGGCACCCCUCUAGACUCAGUGAAAUGUAUGGCAGAAUCAGGGAACAAUGAGCAUUUAUCUGGAGGUCUGUGGCUCAGUAGGUAAGUCACUUGCUUUGCAUGCAGAAGGUCCCAGGUUCAAUCCCUGGCGAUUCCAGGUAAGGUUUGGAAAGACCCCUUGUCUGAAAGCCACGAAAAACCACUUCUAGUUAGUGUAAAUCAGGGAUAGACAGACUUCAGUAUUAUUACUGGGUUUUUUCCCCAGAGCUCUGCUGAGAGACAGGAUUCCUCCCUCCAUUGACUGCCAGAUGGCAGCAGCCAUUCCACCAGGCUGCAGCGGAUGAGCAUAGCUGUCAACUUAUUUUCAGAUUUGAAAAUAAGGGAUCAGCGGCCUCAAAAAUAAGGGAUCAGCAGCCUCACCUGUCCCGGGGACAGUCUACGGGAUAUCUAACAAUCCUGGAUAGCAGCGGGAAGCAGCAGGAAACGGCACUGGAAUAAGGGAAUUCCCCGCAAAAAAGAGAAGGUUGACAGCUAUGUGGAUGAGAUGGGGGAAAGAAAGGAAGCAGGGUGGUUAUCGGACUACAACUCCCAUCAGCCCUCUUUGGCAUUGCUGCCUGCUCAGCCUACUGGGAGUCUAGCGACAUCCGGAGAGGUCCACAAGUUCCCCCACCCUUGCUUGGAGUGGACCACCCUUCUCUUCUGUCUCAGCCCUGCUUCCUUCCCAUCUGCCAAAUGGGAAUAAUGCUGUUGCCCUACCGUACAGGGUUAUUGUAAGGAUAUUAAUAAUGUGCGUGUAGCCAUUUGAAAAGCUUCUCUGUUUGUAUCUGUUUAAUUUAAUUACUUUUUUCCAUUGGGCAAGGCAGUUUCUCUCGUGAAUUAAAAAAAUUACAACCGGAAAAGCGAGUCUCUUUGUGGGGAGACAAACUGGUUCUUCCGCUUACUGAGAGGCACUGCUGUACACUUUUGAAGGGACUUGGAGAUGACUCAGCAUAGCAUGUAACUGGAUGACUUUGGGAAAUGAGGUCGCCUCAUUUAUUUAUUUUUACUUUAAACUAUUGAUGCUGCGCCUCUUGGUGGCUGCUCAAAUGCAGAUUGCAUUUUUGUGGGGAAGUUUGAAGCAUUAGUAUGACAGAAUGUAGGAAAUAGCCUUAGCUGACAGGUUCAAGCAGCGGUUCCCAAACUUUUGGGGACUAUUGCCCCCUUAGUCCCAUAAGCUCACCCCCAGUGCCCCCUACCCUAUAAAAAGCAUUAUGCAAAACAGCCAUUUGUACAGCUCACUAAGGAAGACAACAACACAAUAACAGUAACAAUUAACUGCGUAUUUAUUCAAAAAAUACAUAUAUGCAAAAAUAAAUAUAUACUCUGACCUAAUCUUGCAACUAAAAAAAGAAUAUUCAGUAAAGAAUAUUUACUAAUGAAAGUGUAAGGCUGAAGGAAGUUUAUAGGACAAAUUAUUUUUAUUUAGCCACUUACCGCACAUGCAUAGACCUUCACCUACCACAGAGGUGUGGUAACUAAAUUAUAACAAAAUCAAUAGCUGUUACCAAUAAUUGGCUAUCUUGUGACUUGUGAAUCUCAGAAUCGUAAAUACAAACAACUGACCAAAGGAAAUAGCUUUGAAAGCAAUAAGAGCAGUAAAACUUCUAAUAUGAAGCGAGGAAGGUGUUUCACUCUGGGGUCCAGCCUGGUCAGUUGUAAAUACCAUACUUUUCCAUGAAUUAGACUGUUUUUUUCUUUCAAAAUCAUUCAAAAAAGUGUGGGGCGUCUUAUACAUGAGUAGUGCAUAGGGUGGACAUUUAUUUGGUUGCUGCUGUGGCUAUUGUAUGUGUUAUUGGUUGGUGCAUCAGUGGGUGUUGUUGAUUGGCUGACAAUCCGGCAGUUGGGUGGUUGAUUUGCAGCUUCUGCCAGCGAUGUGUGCGGGUGAGCGAUUUUUGGCAAUCCCCCCUUUACCAGCUCAGCAACUCUGGGCAAUCCUCCGCAAAAAAAGCUCAACAACUCUUUUGCCAAUCUCCCCCUGUUUUCUUAAAUUUGAGACCCCCAAAAUAGGGGUAGCAUUAUACAUGGAAGCGUCCUAUAGACAGAAAAGUACGGUAAGUGAUCAAGGCGCUUGGAGGGACCCCCUGCUGCCUCCUUUUCUCUUAGCACCAUCCUAGGUAAUCCCACCCCCAAGACCAGAUGGACCAAUGGCCAGACUUGGUGCAAAGAAGCUUCUUAAGGCCCUUCCUGCCUCUCUGUUGACGGUUUAACUGUCACCCUCCCCAAAAUUCUCUCCCGCACUAGCUAAACUGCUCCUUCAUUGGUGCAUCAGAAUAUUUCACCAGUGUCCGCCCAGAGCAUCGUGGGCGCCACCCCCCCCAACACACACAUUAGCCUUCACUGCUGGACCCACUGCCUCUCCUAAAAUUUGUCCUUCUUCUUAAUCUCCUGAAGGUUUGCCGCAAUUUCGCACCAGCUUCCUCCACACCGAGUUUGAAAGCAGAGCGUCCAAGGUCAUCUCACAAGCCAGCAUGAAGGUGGAGCUGCUCCCGGCCCUCACAGACAAUUACAUGUACCUGCUCAUCGACGAGGACACCAAGGAGGCUGCGAUAGUUGACCCUGUGCAGCCCCAGAAGGUACCUCUGCUCUUUCUGGGUUUAGAAGCUUUGGAGAACACAGUUUAGUCGAUCAGAUCCACACUUGCGGAGUUGGUCAGUGUACACAGUGCCGAGCUAAAUGGAUCCAAUCCUCUUAACUCUGUAUGAAGCAGCUACUUAUGUUCCUAAAGGGCAGGGCCGUAGCUCAUUGCUUAAGAGCACCUGCUUUGUAUGCAGAAGGUCCUUGUUAUCUCCAGGGAAGGUUAGGAAUGUCCCCUGCCGGAAACCCUGGAAGCUGCUGCUAGUCAGUGUGGGGGUCUAGGUGGGGCUCCCCUCGUGCUUGAGCUGGAAGCUGCAGUUAGAGCAGACUGCUGCAGCACGAUUGCUGACAGGAGUGAGGCCUUGUCAGCUUAUAACACCUGCGCUCAGAGAUCUGCCCUGGUUGCCGAUUUGUUACCGAGACAAAUUCAAGGUUUUUCUAUUAGGCUAUAAAUCCCUUAAUAACUUGGGACCAGUUUACCUAUGAGAUCAAUUUAUCCAAUAUGUGCCCACUUGACCACUUCAGAUGGCAGAAUUGGCACUCUUGUAAGGACCACAUAAUAACUGUUUCACAUUUGUAAGAACUCAGUUGUUUAGUGUGGCAGCGCCUAUACUUUGGAACUCCCUGCCUAUUGAUAACAAGCAGGCUCCUUCACUGUGUUCUUUUUAGCAGCUGCUGAAAACAUUGUUUAAACAAGCCUACCCAGAUGUUUAGAAAGUUGAUGUGAGUUUUCAUUUGUUUUUUUGGUAUGUUUUCAAUUAUUGCUAUAAAUUUUUAGUAAUAAUUUUAUUGUUUGUCUUUUUUUGUAAACGGCUUUGAGAGGUUUUUUUCUACCAUCAAGUUUAAAAUAUCACAUGCAUUAACUACAGACUCAAAAGAAGGAAAUGUAUUUGCUUUUCUCCUACCCGUAUAAGGAAACUGCUGGUGUUCCUAGUAUUUCCUUUUACAGGGACUCCUUAUGUCCAAAUAGACAUCUAAAUGAGAUUGACCAUAAUAAGCCAUGGUUUUGAAGAUAGGCCACAUUUGCACCACCCAUUUAAAGCACCAUGAUACCACUUUCAACAGUCAUUUGAAAGAAUUGUGGGACUUGUCAUUUGCUAAGGGUUCUGAUAGGAUUCUCCUCUUGCCCUCCCACAGCUGCAGUUCCCAUAUUUCCCUGGGAAGUUGAUCGUUCAACCAUUCUGUGAAUUGUUUGCUCUUCGAAGAGAUUUCCUAGCAAUUCUUGGCACCCUUAAUAAACUACAUCUCCCAGGAUUAUUUGGGGGAAGACAUGACUGUAAACAGUGCUUUUAAUGGAUGGCGUGAAUGUAGCCGUAGAAAGUGUUGUGAAAUCAAUAGUGGCAAGAAACUGCGGAACUGGCAAAAUUGGCAUAUAAAUUGCGUGACAAGGAAAAUUGCGACUUCAAGGAUGAAUGGGAACUUUUUACAAAUUAUCUAAAAAGACAACAAAAUGAUUUGGACUCCUUGGCAGGUUUUGAACAUCCAUAAAUUUAUUAGUAGAACAUAUGACAGAUAAGGCAAGGAUAUGUACAAUUUUAUAACAUGCAGAGAACAGUAUGUGCAAAGAAAUCAGAGAGGGGAGCUGAGGGAAGUCCUUGGGGGGGAUAAUGUAAUUGGUUAUUUGGACUGAUGAUUUGGUAAGUUGAAAGUGUUUAAUAUUUUUUUUUUUUAAAAAAGUGUUGUGAAAUCUUCAGGCCAUUCAGCAAGGGAUGGGUAUGGGGGCAUUUGUCCUUCCAGCCUUGCAGUACAUGUCUCUUAAGGACUCACAGAAUCCACUUAAACCACAAAGCUGGUUGUGACUCAAAUAGAUUUUGUGAAAAGGUAAAUAUCCUUCCUUUUCCUCCUGUCUGUAGGUUGUGGAUGCAGUCAGAAAGCAUGGAGUGAAACUGACCACUGUCCUUACUACGCAUCACCACUGGUAACCCUUUUGUGUUAUAUGAUUUAAAUAAAGGAAAGGUCUUGUGCUUUGGUGAUGUAUGUGCUGUUCAGCCUCAUGCUGUAGGAAGCUGCCAUGGUAUACGUUAGUGGUUCCGAAACCUUUUUGGGCCAUGGCCCCGUUGGUUCCAUAAACACAUCCCCAGUGCUCCCUACCCUAUAAAAAGCAAUAUUCAGAAUAGUGGUUUGUACUGCACACUAAAGAAGAUGGUAACACAAUGAAAUUCAAAAUAGUAUCCAUUAAUUGCACAUUCAUUCAGAAUCUAGUUAGAACUAUUUAGUUUAAUUAAUUCAACAAAACCCUGCGACCCAAUUGCCUCUCAACACGCAACAUUUCAACCAGCUUCAGUUUUGUUUGGAAAUCAAAUUUAAGGUCUAUGAAGGGGCAUCAUUUAAUUAUAACACCACAUUGGCCUUAAUAAUUGUAUUUUGAAGUCAAGAAGGACUUCCUCCUCUCAAUCGAAUUGCCUUGAUGCAUCUCCCUUUAUCUCUUCCCCUGAGCCUCCUUUCUUUGUGUUCCUCACAACUUUCUCUAGUGUGAAACAGGAUGAGCUCCUUGCUGUAAAGCCACUGUGGUGCUUGCUAUCCAGGCCAGGCCAAGGCAUUUUGCUGCCUGAGGUGAAACAGCAACACCCAACAACCUGCUUCCAAAUUAAGGUGUAGAAUACCCAAGUCUGACCAAUGCCACAUUUAUAACAUACAUUUAAAGCACUUAUGAUGCCACUUUGAACAGCCAUGGCUUCCCCCAAAGAAUUCUGGGAGUGGUAGUUUGCUAUGGGAAAUUGUUAAGCCACUCUGGAAAUGGUAGCCUGGUGAGGGGAAUAGGGGCCCCCUAACAACUCUCAGCACCCUUAAAAAUUCAUUGGGCGAAGCCAUGGCUUUUUAAAGUGGUGUCAUAGUCCUUUAAAUUUACAGAGUGAAUGUGGCCCUAGUUAUUUUGUCCAGAAAAUUCCACAAGCACCUUUACCUGGGAAUAAAAAAUACAGUGACUGUUGUCUAAGUAAGUUCUACUAAUAAUAGCCCCAUUGCAAUUAAUGGACCUAUAUUAGUUAUGUUGAUUAAUUUCAACCUAAUGAUAAAUUAAAAAGUAAGAAUUUGCUGUCCUUUCAUGAUACCUCAAAUUGGCUGCCACACUCAGCCCAGUGAUAGAGCCAGCCCCUACACACAUUACAGUGUUUGUGUCCUGUGCGCCAGUGUGGUACCCACACCUAUUUUUGCCACACCUACAUGCAGCCCCCCCAGAGGGUUGUCCAUGGGUGGAUACAGGCCCUUGGACCAUUGCCCCACCCCCGUAGCCACCCCUGGACUACAGGAUGAGGCCAUUAGUUCCAUUUUUAAAAAAGAAAAAAGAAAAGGACCAAUGGCUUAACUUUAAAGAAAAGCAGGAUUCAGGCUGUUUGCUUGAUGCACAUUGUAAGAGACUGCCUCUUGUGUGUUUUGCUCCAAAGUCUGACCAUUUUGACCUUCUAGGGACCACGCUGGUGGCAAUGAGAAACUUGUAAAGAUGGAGCCGGGGUUACAAGUGUACGGGGGAGAUAGCAGGGUUGGAGCCUUGACCCAGAAAGUCUCUCAUCUUAUGUCAUUUCAGGUAAAAAGAAAGAAACGGGGGAAAUACGUUUGCCCAAAACAUCCUCUGAAAUCAUGUGUUCCGUUUGAGCACUGAGGCGCACGAAGGCCCUAGAGCAUGGCAAUUGCGUUCUUGUCGCCGUUUCCUCCCCACACAAAUGUCCUUUGCAUGUGGCAGCUCUCUGCUUGUGGAAGAUGGACUUCCUGACCUGAAAUUCCUGUUUUUUGUUUGGUUUGUCUAUUUUGCUUAAGCACAGGAACACAUAAUGCACAGUUGCAGUGCUGGCUCAGAAUGGCCCUUUUCGCCUGCCACAAGCAUGGAGCUAUCACGAGGAAGGAGAGGUUUGGGGGGGGGGAGCUUCCUCCUUAAGCAGGGUGACUCCCCGGCCAUUUGGCCUGUUUGGUGCCUCCCAUGGGAGUUGUGUGAUGCACCAGAAGUACCACAGAGUUUCCACCCCUCUGUUUUUGGCCCUGUUUUGCCCAUAAAACAAGCAGAUGUGAGAAGACACACAGUCUGUUGCCAUAUCAGCCUCUUGACAAAGACUUCGUGUGAUCAAAGGCCUUCUCUAAGCGCUAAUGUCACAGCAACCAUGCACAGCACAGUCUCCCAGCAGCCUUUGCCCAGGAGGUGUUCUCAAGCAGUGGUUGACCGUUUAGGUCAUCUGGGAGAAGCAACGAGGAGGUCCUGUCCUCCUUAAGAAGCUGCCAUGUCAACUAGCCCAGAGGUGGCCUUCAUCACAGGGGUGGCUAACCCAUGGUCUUCCAGAGGUUGCUGGACUCUUCAUCGUCCCUGACCAUUGGCCAUGCUAGCUGGGGCUGGUUAGAGCUGGAGUCCAACAACAAUAUCUAGAGGGACACAGGUUAGCCUCCCGUGCUUUACAGGGUAGAUAGAGCGAUAACUUGAACUAGAUCUACUUUUGCAAUGAUGUAGGUCAGAGAUGGGAAAUCUGCUGCCCUCCACUCCUUACUGGACUCCAACGCCCAUCACUCACCACUUUCAGCCAUGUGGGCUGCUGGUAGUUGGGGUCCAAUGUCAUGUUCCCCAGCCCAGAUGGAGGCUUUGUGGAGUAUCACAGACCUCUCCAGCGGGGGAAAUGGACGCAUAUUGCUGGCUCCAAAUACUGGUUACUUGCGCAAGUGUUUUUGGUAGCUGGGGGCUUAGGGUUGUAUCUGAUGCUAGCCCUGCUCUGAGUAGACCCAUUGAAGUUAAUGAACAUGGGCUACCAUAGCUCCCUUAAUCUCAUUGGGUCUAGUCUGAGUAAAGCUCAGCUAAAGACAAUCCUGAAGGUCAAACUAGUUGUGAUGUUAACCAGCUGAUUGAUCCGUGCCUACUUGCUUUCUUUUUUAAAUUUACUAAGUAGCUGUGGAAGGAGGUGGAUCGAAACUGCAGUGGAGGUCCAAGGGCAAGACCCUCCUCCACUGUACUGUGAUUUACGGGGGUGGGGGGGACAUAAGGGGAGCAACUGCUAAAUACUAAAGAAAAAGCAAACCUUUGCGGAGGACCACUUGUGUGAUUAACAUCACAUCUAAUGCAGCCUUUAAUGGGUGAUUUCAUAGCCCUCCCACACAGGCGUUCAUUGCCCCCUGUGGACAAAGCAAGCCUGAUUUCCCCAGUCGCUGUUCAUGGUGAGUUGCUGAAAAUGUCAGACCCUUUCUCCUGCUGGAAUGACCAAGGCCGCACAGCUGUCAUGGGUGCUUUUUACAGCUGAGAAUUAGUCAAGCUUCCAAUCUUGCCUGACAAAGAGUUCUGUGCAACCAAGAAGUGGGCGCAAGUCAUGACUACUCAAAACACACAAUACUAGACCAUAGUCAUUGGCUUGCAUCAGUUUUUAGGGUUCCUUUCCUCCUCAUCCCCACCCCUCUGCUUCUCUUCACCCCUGUGGGUGUUACCAAUCUGAGAUUCGCCAUGUUGGUGUGGAGCGGUCGUGCCCUUGGUGGGCAAUUGUGGUUUAUCUGCCCCUUUGCUUUCCCCCUCAAUGACUUGAGCUUUUCCACCUUUUUUUAGGUUGGAUCUCUUAACGUGAAAUGCCUCUCGACUCCCUGCCACACUUCUGGACACAUUUGCUAUUUUGUGACCAAGCCAAACAGCUCCGAGCCGCCUGCUGUGUUCACAGGUGAGGGUUUGGCGGCACUUCUUUUGCCUUGACCUCAGGAGCUUGAGCAACAUGGGGGGGGGGGGUUUGCAACCUAACCCACCCCCCAAAGAGAGUGCAGGGAUUGCCUUUGUGAAAAUAUUAUUAAAUGAUAAUGUAGAAUUGGAAAAUAUUCAGAUAAGUGCAGUCAAAAUGAUCACGAGGGACGGUUGCAGCAUUUGGGGCUUUUAAAAAUUCAUGUCCCUCCUCACUCACCUUUUGUAUGGCAUAGAAGAAAUGGAUAAAGAAAAGCUUUUCCCCUUCUGUCAUAACACUUGAAUUUGUGGACUUGUGAUGAAGCUGAAUGUUGGAAGAUUCAGGACAAAUGAAAGAAAAAUCCUUCACACAGCACAGAGUUAAGCUGUGGAGCUUGCUCCCACCGGAGGCAGCAGUAGCAGCCAACUUGGAUGGCUUGGAAAGAGGAUUGGGCAAAUUCAUGAAGGAUGGAGCUAUUAAUGGUUCCUUGCCACAAUGGCUGUGCUCUGCCUCCAUGCCUGCAGGCAGUAUGUCCCUGAAUACCAGCUGCUGUGAAUUGCAGGUGGACAUUGAUCCUGCUUGCAGGGUUCCCACAGGUAUCUGGCUGGCCACUGUGUGAGAACAAGAUGCUAGAGUCGAUGGGCCGCUGUUCUGAUCGAGUUGACUCUUCCCAUUCUCUUACGUGAAGAUGUUCCCUCUGCCCUCCUGAUGUCUUAAUCUGGCUUCACCCAAUGCGUUUGUCUGGUUGGGUGUUGGCCACCCCACAGCCUUCAUGUGGGUGUAACCAAACACGUUCAGCUGGUUAGGUGUUGGUCAAAGCAUGUGAUCUGCCACUUUGCUUCUUGAAUCCAAGAACUGCCUUCUGCAUCUUGACACAUUUUCUCACUUCAUAGCCCUUUUUCCAGUGUGCAAGUGUCACCCUGAACAGAUCUGUCCGUCCUCCCGACCUUCUAAAUGUGGGUGCUCUACAGUGAGUGCUCCGUCACUUUGCUACCCCCACCCCACCUUUAGAGUUUAAGAUCCCAUUCUCCAGGAAGAUUGGUCUCAUGGGUCCUCAUAUUUUGGGGCACAUUUGGAAAUCUAAUUAACUUACAGGAGCACCGUAAAAAAAAAUCCAUUUUAUUUUAAUCCAGUAAUAUGCCAUGAAAACUUAGGAGGAAAUGGAACAGGGAGGGGAUGAACACUUGCAGGAUGGAAGAACGGAGAGCAACCUCAGGAAGCAAUGGAGGACCACAUUCAAUAGCAUUUAGAGACCGCACACAGUUCUGGGUCUGCUGGUCACUCAGCUAUGGCUCAAGUCAUUAUGCUGAUUCUUUGUCACUCACUGCAAGCUUCUAGUCCCUACUGUUGAAGUUUCUCACCUCUGCCUCAGCAGAAUCUCCUUCCUGGUUUACCCUUUUCCACCAUGGUGCUCCCAAUUCCUGGUUCUUUAGUGAGAUCGUUAAAGUGUGUUCAUUCUCCUCUCUCUCUCCCUUCUCUAGGUGACACACUGUUUGUUGCAGGCUGUGGGAAAUUCUUUGAAGGAACGCCCGAGGAAAUGUACAGAGCCCUUAUUGAGAUCUUGGGGCGACUCCCUCCAGAAACGGUACCACGCAAAGGCUCCCUGUUUGGGUUGGGUGUGUUUGUUCCCUACUAAAGACAAUUAACUUUGGUAACUGUGUUCGCUCUUGGAGGACUCUUGUCAACCAGGCCAAUCUACAGCUCCCAAAACAUUUUGUGGGAAGCAAUAACAGAUAAGCCAGGGGUGGCUAACCCCCCAUUUGGUGGUUUGACCUACCCGGCAACAAGCACAUUUCCCCAUUCCCCUCCAAAAAAUAUCCCACAGAUUCUGGUGGUGUUGGCAAAAAGAAGGCACAGAGAUGAGGUUGGGAGCCCAGCACCCUGAUGGGGAAUACAGAUGAUGCCCCUUCCCUCCCUGGUCAUCAGAUUGAUGAUUUGAUUCACAGGGGCAGAGGUGAUAUCCCCUUUCUCAGCUGAUCUGUGCAGGUCAGCUGGUGUGUGUGAGAGAGAGAUUGUGCAAGAGAGUGUGUGAGGUGAUCACACCCACCACUGGCAUGUGCCACCCCACCCCAAGGGUUAGCCAAGCAUGAAUGCAGCCCUGAGGCCAAAAGAAGGGUUAGUUAUAUCCAAAUGAAACAGAUAUAAAAAAACAGAGCAUCCAGUAGCCCCACCCAGCUCUUGCAUUGUCCAACCAGGAAGCAAAAUAACCUUUUCCCGGGGAACAGUUAAAAGACAGACCUGGCCCUCAUGUUAGGCAAAGCAAUGGAAAAGUAUGAAUUGCCUCCCCAUUGGGGCACUGGGCUGGCCGGAGAGGUUUUAAUCCCGCUGCUCACCUCAGAGCCAUCAGGUAUAUAUUGUUGUGAGAUGGGGGGGGAGUGGGCUGCAUGCCAAGACCCCUCUAAUUCCUGGAAUAGCCAGGCUAACUUCCUGAUAGCCUAGGUAAUAGACCAUUAAGGGAACAAAGGAAGUGGCUUGGCACCAGAGGAAAAAUGGCUGGGCGCCUCUCCAUCAACUGGCUGGCAAAGGGACAGAGUUGAGAGUAAAGUUAUGUGAGCAUCAAGCAAAGCAGCAAGGUGCCUGACCAGGAUCAUCUUCUUCCUUCAGCAUGAUGGUCUGCUGAAAACCUCAGAAUUAGGCACAAAAAGCAGUUGUCUUGCAACUUAGGGGUGUGGGAAGCUGCCUUACACUGAGACAGAACCAGUGGUCCAUACAGCUCAGUACUGUUGACACUGACUGGCAGUAGCCCUCCAGGAUUUCAGGCAGGGGACAUUCCCAACCCUACCUGGAGAUGUCGGGGUUUGAGCCUGAGACCUUCUGCAUGCAAAGAUCUACCCCUGAGCUAUGUUCCUUUCCCUAAAAAUACAGAAAAGUUCCAGCCCCCAUGACUCUGAACAAAUGGCUGGUUUAAAUAGGAAGCUGCAUUCUACUAAGUCCUUCUACUUUCCCAGUCCUAUUGAGGAUUGAACUAGGGACCUUCUGCCUGCAGAGCAGAUGCUCUACCACUGAGCUACUGCCCUUCCUCAAGGCCUUCAGUGACUUUUAACUGCCUUCCUCCUCUUCUUCCUUCCUUUCCAGAAAGUCUACUGUGGUCACGAAUACACCAUCAACAACUUAAAGUUUGCCCGGCAUGUUGAGCCCAACAACAGCGCGAUCCAGCGAAAACUCUCCUGGGCAAAGGCAAGAUGGGCUUCUCAUUCCUGGAGAGGAGAUCAGUCAGUGGGAGGCCUCUGUUCCCUUCCGCACCCCAUGCCAUUGGGACAGGCAGUGCCAGUUUGGUUCCUUUACUCCGGCAGUGCUAGUCCAGGCCUGUAGCCAAAAUGGGCAGGGGUGGGUUUUGUGGGGGUUGGGAGGGUGAGGGCUAAUGACUCAUUAUAGGUGGGUGGGCGUGGCAGGUAACUGAACACUGAGCAAACAAUGCAAGUUCUAAUGUCAACAGAGCCUUCGUCAAACGGAAUACUGUUUUUUCCAAAAGUGACGGCCGCCUGAGUGCCUUUGCUGUCAUUGGCUAGAUCUCUGGAAGGCGGGAGCUGUUUUUCCGUUCCUUUCACCUCCCUUAGAAAAAGGGUCAGGGGUUUAAUGCUGUUUUUCACCAGCAGCCUCGCUUGGGAAUCCCAAGAAACCAAAAGAUCAUUUUGAUGAAAUCACUAUGUUAAAGACAACACUUUUGAAAAAUGCAUUUCACCAUCUUAAUUCAAAAUAGCGUCCAGUUGUAUCCAAAUUAGACAAAAACCUGCACAUUGAUCUCAGGAAUCAUAAUCAAAAACUUAGGUAAAACUAGUUUUAAAAGGUUUGAGUCUGUCAUCUUGGUUCAAAAUGACAUUCAGUUGUAUCCAAACUUGGAGGAAUAUUGGCAGGUGGUGGAUGCUCCUUCACUGGAGGUUUUUUAAAAAGAGCUUAGUUAGCCAUCUGUCAAGGAUUCUUUAGCUAUGAUUCUAUGAACACCUCCUCUUUGAUCUCAGGCACCAUCAUGCAACAUUUGGUUGGAUACCUUAAAUAUCCAAAUGCAUCUUGAACAGACAGAGGAGUUUCCAAAAUUUCUAGUAGAUGAAAACUGAGCAUUCAGGAUCAGGGGGUGUAGGCAUAUCCCAAAGCACUUUUGGAAGUCUCCUUGCAGUGGGGUUGGACUCGAUAAACCUUUGGAUCCCUUCCAACUCUACAAUUUAUGAUUCCCCUAGGCAAAAUACGAUGGUGGGGAGCCGACUAUCCCGUCGACCAUUGGCGAAGAAUUCACCUACAACCCGUUCAUGAGAGUCAGGUAAUUUGUGUUUGAGGAUGACGCUUUGGGAAGGAGAAGGUGUGGGGCAGGGUGUCCUGCAUUCUGAGGAACUGCAGCUGUGGGUCCAUGGCUUGAGUGGAAUUGGUUUCGUGAGAUGGGAGUGGUCAGUCUCUUUGAAAGUGAGAAUCUUAAUUUGCUGAUGUCCUGCAUCCAAGUACUAUAUUUGUCUAUUUUUGAAAAUUAUACAUUAUUUUUAAGCAGGCACAGCGCUGGGAUGGGGGGGGGUUGAAGCCCAGCGCUUUGAUGAGUAUGCAAAACAGCCCCAUCCCAGUCAUUACUUUGAUCAUUUGAGGAGCACAGAAGGGCAAGAAGCUCCUCCAGCUGUUGCAGAGGGUCUGUGUGUGUGCAUGUGGCCCUUGGGUGGUUAGCCAAGGGUCAAUGCGGCCCCCAGGCCAAAAGAAAAGCUUGCCAUACAUACAUGUGUUGAGUUGCUUCUUAUGAGCCAGCUAAACAGGCAGUUUUUCACAACCUGGUGGUAGUUGCGUCCAUAAAGUCAGAGUAAGUGUCCUGGACCCUCCAUUUUCCUUCAUUGUACUUGUUGUCUGGUUGUGGCUUACAACAGUGUUGUGCAUAUGCAACACUGGGUGUGUCCAUAAUCACAUGCAACAGUCUCUAGGUACUAUUAGUUUUCCAAAACUGUAUGGAUAUUCGGAGUAGAACCGUUGAAAUUAAUGGACAUGGCUAACUUAGGUCCAUUUCUUUCAGUGGAAGAACUUUCUAAGUACAACUUGGCUGGGUAAUACCCAUUGUAUUUUUUACUCCCAGGUAGAGGUGCUUGUGGAAUUCUCUGAACAAAAUAACUUGGACCAUAUUCACACCAUACAUUUAAAGGGCCACUUCAAACAAUCAUGGCUUCCCCCAAAGAAUCCUGGGAGCAGCUGUUUGUUGAGCAGCAUGGCUUGUCUGUCAGCCAGCACUCCUCUCCUACAACUGAGCUGUGAUUGGAUUGGAAAGUUGUUAGGAAACUCCUCACAGAGCUGCAGUUUCCAGCACCCUGAACAAACUACCAUUCCCAGGAUUCCUUAGGGGAAGCCAUGACUGCUUAAAGCGGAUCACAGUUCUUUAAAUGAAUGGAGCAGAUGGUGCCGUAGUUAUUCCAUUUUCAACAAACCAAAUAGCCUGUAAUCUCCUGUCACCUACAUGCGCCAUUUUCCUUCUUUCGGCAGGGAGCCAACAGUGCAGCAACAUGCCAGGGAAGGAGACCCCAUCCGGACAAUGGGUGCCAUCCGGAAAGAGAAGGACAACUUCAAAGUGCCAAAAGAGUGA